AUGCUGAACUGGCAUGAUUUUGACGCAGUCUUUCAGCCAAAGACCGACUAUGCCUAUGACUCCAGAACGGUAGAGACUAUCAUCAGACACCGCAAGGAGUUCGGCGACCAGCUAUUCUUUGACCGCAUCUGGAGGACGAUUGGACUUACACGACCUGCAAGGAAUAACUAUCCACCACGGUCAAACCAGGAUCUGCGCAAUUUGUGGUCCAAGGUCGUCCAGUCCACGGCUCCCGAUGAGCAAAAACUCGCACUUCUCUACUACUUGCUCCGAGACUGUCGCCAAUUGCCCAACUCCGACUCAAACUUUGCCCGGAGAACAUACCUCCCCCGGAGAUGGCAACUUCUCGUGGCUGGCUUGUGGGAACUCGAUCAUGGUCAAUUCUCUCGCGCCCUCGAACACCUCACAGACCCAUCAUUGACACCCACCUUCACCGAUGAGAUCCUCCUUACAUUGUUGCGACAUCCCAAGUGCGAUCCUUCGUUGGCGACAGCGUACUACGUUGCUAUGUCUCCACCACUGGAAGACCCGGCAGCUCUUGAAGCAUAUUUUGGGUUGGUCAUGACCAACAGCCUGGUGGAAGCAUAUUAUUUUGCACAAAGACAAAGCGGAACGAAACACAAAAUGCUGUUUGAGAAACUUGUUGUUUCCGUACAUCAGGACAACCCUAGCCCUUCUCGUUCAGAGCGAGCAACCCUUCUUGUCGGGAUGCCAUUGACUGUGGAAGAGGAAGCCUGGUUCGAGCGCUGCAUACUGGACGGUGCAGCAUCCAAGCUGCCCGGCGCGAAGGACUCGCUCAUGGUAAGGAGAAUCAUUACCGGGAGAUCAACAAGCGACUCUACUGCCCUCAGCAGGCUGAAAGGCGACAGCAUUGGAGGGAUCAACUGGGAGAAUGUGAAGGCGGGAAUUGCCGAUGCUGUGCCACAGUGA